CAGGCAUUAGUCAGUGGUCGGAGAGUGGGUAUUUGAACGAAACCCAGCUCAACAGAUCUCAAAUUCUCAGAUCCCAAACUGCAGAGCACCGCAGAGAAGAUGAAAUCUUAGUGCAAGAGUGAAGAUGGAAAGCUCUGCUCCACUGAGUCCACUCGUUCUCAUUCUUUUCCUUUCGUGCUUUGCAGUUACAGCUACAGCAGCACAGACCCAAUGGAGGCCUGGGUUUCUCUAUACAAGAAGCAGAGGCAGGUGCACACCCCAGUACUGGGGCAGCAGGAAAGAGGCAUGGCCGAGGAUGGUGCCGCAGACAUCGACGGUGGCGAAGGUUUUCGGUUCCAGAGCGUCUGAACGGUUCAGAUCGGACAUGACUCUGUUGGAAGCGACGGCUCAAGACGAGAGCGUUGAGAACGUGUUCCAUGGGCUGCUGAAACAGACGAGUGCGGCGCUGAUAAACUCAUAUGCGAGAAAAGGGUUUCCUUACUCAGCGUGGGAAGUGAAGACUCUGCUCAUACAGGCAUUGGUCUCUGAGGAGGCUGCAGCUCUUCAGGCAGAACACUUCUCCAUCGCCAAUGAGGCUUGUAAUUAGCUUUUCACCCCUUUUGUUUGAAGCUCUGUUGUGGUGUUUAACAGUGUAUUUGUGGUGUGUGACGGUGUACUUGGGUUGGAUUUUGGUGCGGAUGGAGGAAGAUGAAGUGUGGGAUUAAUUUCUCAAUUACCCAAUUAGCCUCCUGUUUUGGUUGCUUCCCUUUUUAGGCCUUUUUGCCCCACCUUAGCCUCCCUCAAAAACUCUCUCCCCCAUUUUCACUCAUAUUUCUCUUAUUUAUGCCAUGAAGCUCUCUUUCUAACU